CAGUGGUAGCCCAGUGCCUGCUGUGAGAGCCUCAGUCAACACCGGGAAGCUCACAGAGUUGGAUGUUCCGCGCUACACUUCUCAGCACUUCGCCACACUGACUACCACUCUGCUCUCACUGACUCUUGCCACACUAUUUGCGAGAACAUAUUAAACUCUUACUGGUUUUCUUGCAUUACGCAAGGUUAAUUUCCCACACUGACUUUAUCUAUGAGCUGAUUUACAUAUAAGUUAGUACUCUGAAAGAUUUACAGUACAACUUCUGUCUAUGACACAAUAGUUCUGAAGAAAGAGGGCAAACUAUAAUAGGAAGAACGUAAUCUACUAUAAGUGAAGCAGUAUCAGUGGUGGAGCAGCAUCGGUGAUAACGAGUGAUCUACUGCACACUACUGGGCGACGGGGUCAAGUUGUCUGCGACACACUCACACACACACAUACACAUAUACUCUCAUACACUCUCUCACAUUCACACUCAUAUUCACAAACACAUCAUGGCCAACAAGUUUCUGGAGGCGUUGCAAUCUAAACUCCGGCUGAGAAACGUCAUAAUCCGAGAGUUUCUCGCAGAGUUCCUGGGCACCUUCAUCUUGAUCGUUUUCGGGAACGCUGCGGUAGCACAGGCUGUGCUCACCAACAAUGUCAAGGGUAGCUUCUUCGCCAUCAACUGGGGAUACGGCUUGGCAGUGACCCUGGCUGUGCUGGUGAGCGGCGGGGUCAGCGGAGGUCACGUUAACCCAGCGGUGACCCUAGCCAUGGCCGUGUGGGGUAAACACCCCUGGAGUAAAGUACCUGUUUACAUGGUCCCAGUCUUGGGCCGCAGCUCCCUUGUGAUUCGCUGUCUACUGAAAGCCUUUUGUUUUCCACUGUUCGGGUUAUUGGGAUGCUCUUUACAUCAAAUUUUAACAGUGUUCUGCUUCUUCAACGCCCUGGACGCAUUUGAACCGCAUCGCAGCUUGGCUACCGCUGGGAUCUGGGCCACCUACCCCGGUUCCAUGACCAACAUCAACGGCACUCUUGUCACCGACUUUCUGUCCAACGGCAACGGCUUCGGUGAUCAGGUUCUCGGCACAAUGUUGCUGCUGAUCUGCGUGUGUGCCAUCACCGACCCCAGGAACAUGGAGGUGCCAAAGUAUAUGGUGCCUCUCCUAGUCGGCUUCGUUGUCCUUAACAUCGGUAUCUGCUUUGGCUUCAACAGCGGCUACGCUAUCAACCCCGCCAGGGACCUGGCACCAAGACUCUUCACUAUCCUUGCUGGCUGGGGAGAGACUCCCUUCACGGCAGCAACUAGCGAGGGUUUGGCGUGGUGGUGGGUGCCUGUGGUAGCCCCACACAUCGGUGCUGUCCUGGGAGUGAUGGUCUAUCUCUUCCUAGUCGAGCUUCAUCAUCCAGAGUCCCAGGAAUUCGCUCUGCCACAGGUGUUGUCGCACGAGUCUGUAGCAAGUUCACGAGUGUGGGUAAGUGAUCCCCAGAGUCUAGCAUGGGUGCCCACCAAACCUGAGAUGUGAGUGCCUCCCCGCCCUAGCAGCAGUCACCGCGGGGUGUUCUUCAGGCCACGAGUAAGUAAUGAGGUGACGAGUCUUCAGACCUACUAGCAGACUGCUGCAGACCUCACAUCAGCGCUAUAAACGCCUCUCUAGCUUCUACACCAAAAUUAAUAACAUGAAGAUCGUGACGGCAAGCGUCGUCUUCAAGAACACCAGUAGCUUCGUCACAACCAGAGGCAGACAACAGAUGAAAAAUAAACUUGUUGCAAGAGUGAUAUAUCAACUUAAAACUUAUGAAGAGACUGAAACACUUCACACACUUCCUGAAAAAAAAUUCAACAUUCGCAACAUAUGACCUACUACAUUAAUAUCAACAAUGAAAUUAGGCAAUAACUCUCACGUUUAUCCACGGAUAUCCCAGCAUCCAAAGUUUACAGUGUUGUACAAUUGCUGUCUUAUUUCACACUGAAUAAUACUGAAAUACCACUUAUCAUUUUGUACACUUUAAAUUUACCGUUUAUAAAUUAUGUUGCGAUUAAAAUUCAAUAAUGCUAUUUAUAAUGAACUGUUUUGGUAAUUUGUUACUGGUAAUAACACUCCAUGCUUUAGUUAUAAUUAACCUAAUUUCAAAUUAGGUAUUAAUAUAUAUAUAUUUUUUUUAAAGGAAAAAAUAUGUCUAUUCAUCUUCUUUUUACAAUGCAAUAUAUUCUAAACCUAUAAAAACUAACAAAGAUUUUUACAUAUAUUUCAAUGAAAAAAAUCCAUUUCAGCGAUUAUUUUCAUGAAUAUAUAGUAUAUUGUAUAUUAAUUUAUAUAAGAGACCUUUUAAUCCUUUUUCAUAUAUAGCGAGAAUUCUUCGGUUACACAACUAUUUACUGUAAUUUUAUU